AUGGCACCGAAUCAAGUAGACCAAUCCCCGGUCAGUGGACCUGUAAAAUAUAAUGUCGGCUGGCGACGAGUGGUCCGCAACUUCAGUCCCUCAUGGUUCGCCGUGACCAUGGGCACCGGUGUCAUCUCGGUACUAAUGAACUCGGUUCCAUUUCAUAAGCCUGUUCUUCAUUAUCUAUCAAUCGUCUUUUUUGUUCUAAACGUCGUCGUCUUCGCGCUAGCCUUUGUUACGUCAAUUCUGCGAUACACAUUAUAUCCCGAGAUCUGGCGGGUGAUGAUUCGGGAUCCGACAAACUCAUUAUUCUUGGCAACGGUACCUAUGGGGCUCGCUACACUCAUCGAGAUGUGGGUGGUCAUCUGUGUUCCGCGCUGGGGAGAAUGGGCGACGUCAUUUGUAUGGGCUUUGUGGAUAGUGGACGUUGUGGCCGCCGCCUCAGUGACCCUUUCCCUCUCGUUUAUCUUAAUCUCACAGCGCUACAUCACCUCUUUAGAUCGGAUUACUGCCCUGCAGCUAUUGCCCAUUGCGGCCACGAUUGUGGCGGCGGGGGCUGGCGCCGAGGUAGCUAACAUCCUGCCCAACAAGCAGCAUGCAGUAGGAACGCUUCUUGUGUCUUUCAUACUCUGGGGCAUGGGCACCCCUCUGGCAAUCAUGGUGCUUGUCAUAUAUUACCAGCGACUAGCGGUCCACAAAUUGCCUCCACGAGAGACUAUCGUCAGCUGUUUUCUGCCACUGGGGCCAUUGGGGUUUGGUGGCUUCGGUAUCAUCUAUAUAGGAAAGGUCGCUCGGGAUCUUUUUCAGGGUUCCGACAUCCUCGAUCCCAUUGCAGGCCCUAUGGCCUAUGUUCUAGGAGUCUUCAUUUCGCUACUCAUGUGGAGCUUCGGCCUUAUCUGGCUUGUUUUUGCAUUAGCAACCGUUCUAUAUAGUUCUCCCUUUCCAUUCAAUAUGGGCUGGUGGGGCUUUACCUUUCCACUUGGUGUUUACGCUGCCAAUACUAUGGAGCUGGGCGUUGAGCUAGAUCUCAUGUUCUUCAAGGUCUUUGGCACGUUAUUAAGUACGGUUGUUCUAUUUCUGUGGGCACUGGUCGUUUCACGAACAGCGAUGGGGGCCUGGCGUGGCAAUCUAUUCUUUGCUCCAUGUCUUCAGAACCUGACUCUCAAGGAAGAUGAAACCAACCCUGAUAAGCAUGAGUUUCCAUUCCUACAGGAAGUUCAUACUCCAAGAGACUCUCACAAGAUCGACAUUAUAUUUGUUCACGGUCUCAAUCCUCGAGGUCGCAACGAUCAUCCGUUUGAGACAUGGACGCACGCAAACGGGAAAUUUUGGCCCAAGGACUUCCUUGCAGAUGACAUAUCCUACGCUCGAGUCUUCGUCUAUGGCUACAAUGCGAAUGUCACGAACCCGCAGACGAUGUCCACUGCGAGCAUCAAGGACCAUGCGAACACAUUACUGAAUCUCUUAGAUUUGGAACGAAGCCCACAUUUCAAUUCUCCACCUCCGAAUAUCAUCUUUAUCGGGCAUAGUCUGGGAGGGCUAGUCAUUAAACAGGCUCUUCUUAAUGCAAAGGAGGAUCCAAAAUACGGUUCUAUCCGCAGUGCCACCUCCGGUCUGGUGUUUUUUGGAACUCCUCACAGAGGUGCUAAAGCUGUAGAGCUGGGCAAGAUUGCCGCUGGAAUUGCUCGCUUUGUUUCCAAAGGACACGCCAGUAACGACCUUCUCGAUUGCCUUGAACACAACUCACUCUUCACGAGACAGAUGAGCGACCGAUUUCGACAUCAGCUGGAGGACUACUAUGUAGUCAGCUUUAUCGAAGGGAAAGAGGUGCAGUUUGGAGGUGCUGGGCCGGCGUCUAUCAGCCAUCUGGUUGUCAACGAAGAAUCGGCUGUUCUCGGCUUAUCGGGGCUUCGGGAGACUCAACUGAAACUCGAUGCAGAUCACUCGCAAAUGUGCAAAGUUGGUUCACGAGGCCCCAUGUACCGCCUCAUUAAGGGGAACAUUAAGCAACUGGUCGACCGGGCCGUUUUAUCUGAACACGGAUUCAUACCACAACAACAGCCGCAUCUAGCAACUGGACAGAGUCCUCCUCCAGUGCCUCCACGAAUGCAUUCUAAUAGUAGCAGGCCAUUCUCGCCUCCAGGCAGGUCACCCGCCCCUGUAGAGAGGGUUGUUGGAGCCAUCUUUAACCCCUUGGAUACUGACCCAAGGUCCAUUCAAUCGGCAAAACAUAAGAAUCGAGGUAAUUGGGACGAGGCGCGGAAGAGCGAUUAUGAGAUCUUCCAAGAACACCUGCGUACGCUAGGCGCAGACCACGUCAGUACUCUCUCCGUCGGAUACAACAUGGCGGAGAUCGAGCUGGAGUCUGGCUAUGUCGAUAAAGCAAGUGAGUGGUGUGAGUGGGUGACGGAUAACGUCCAGCGCGUUCUGGGAGCCAAGCAUGCACUAUCAAUGAGGACUGAGAGUCUCAUGGCAGAGAUCCUGUGCCAGCAAGGCAAGUAUCAAGAGUCCGAGUCGGUCUGUGCAAAUGUGCUCGCACGCCAACAGAUAAACAUCGGAGAGGGACACCUUGACACAUUGGACACUAGACGUCGACUCGGUAUGGCUUAUAACUGUCUUAGCCGCCGGGAAAAUGCAAUUUUGACUGCUCAGAACCUCACCGAGAGCCUCAAGCGCCUACUCGGUGAUAACCAUAUCCGAGUUUUCGCAGCGGCCCUGGAUACCCUCGAGUACGUGAUUUACAAUCACGGGGGGGACUCUGUUUUUGUGCCAAUUUCCUUGCAGCCGGAUGUGCAGCAAGCAUUGGAAAUGCUGCCUGAGGUAUACCAGGAGCUCCUUGUUGCCCUUGGCCGUGGACAUCCUUUGACAAUCCGCGCUCUCUCACUACACGGUCGAGGGUUGACAAGAGCCCAGCAGCACAUGCCGGCUUCUGAAACCCUACGCCAAGCUCUUGCAUCUUCCGAGGAGGCUCUCGGUCCUAACCAUGCCUUGACCAUGGACAUUGUGGGCAAUAUCGGUGUGAUGUAUGCUUUACAAAGGCCUCAAUACUAUGGCGCUGCCAACCCACCUUCUGAGGCUUUGCCUUGGCUUAUUCGGUAUCUAAAUUGGGUCGAACAAUAUAAAGGGCUCAAGAACCCGGAAACCCAGGCUACUUUGGAGAUGAUAGGAAACUUGCACUUCGCUGCAAAGGAGUAUGAGCCCGCUGAGAAAUACUUUGAUCGAGCAUUGGCUUCCUAUCAGGGAACCAACUCGCCAGCGGCGACGCAGCGUAUUGGUGCUAAUCUUCAACUGUGUCGGGCGAACAACAUGCUUACUGGUCGCCGUAUCGGGUCCGGAUUCGGAAACCUACUGUCACAUUUACAGCGAUUCUGA